AUGACCAUGAGCAGAGCAAAGUUCAAGUACUUCGACCCGGUCACUUCCGAGAACCUCAACGCCUUCUCCGGCGACUUCGGCUCGAUCUACAGGGACUACUCCAUCGACCCCGUGAUCGAGGAGGACGUCGUGCGCGACUCUUCGAACAAGAUCCUAUACAAGAAGGACGAGAGCGGCAACAACCUCAAGGACGAACAGGGCAAGCCCAUCCCAGAGACCUGUGACUCCCGGUUUUCACAGCUGGGGGAACCAGCGGGCAGCCUGAGGAAGGCAAUGGAAGACGCGGUCGAGGCGGAGAAGAAGGCAUACUUGGCUGCCGAGAACGCCCUCAACGAGGCCAAGAAUCUCCAGGACGCCGCCUUGGACAGUGAGAAGAGAGCCGACAAGAUGCAGGAUGAUUUGAAGCUCAUGGAGGAGCAACUCUCUCUCAGGCAGUUGAUGAUGAACGCUGGUCAAACCCCCGGUGACAACUCCGCCGUCGACUUCAAGAAUGCCAAGACGCAGUCCCAGCAGGCCGCCAAGGACGCUGGAGCUGCCGCCUCCAAGGCUGUUCUGGCCUUGGCCAACGCCAACAAGCUGCAAUCAGCUGCCCGCAAGGCGACCAUGGACAGGAUAGAGAAGACCUCUGUUUUCCUCACUGCUUCCUACGACGCUGCAGUGAGCGGUGACUGCCGCUGGUACGCGAAUGCCCUGCAGAAGGAGACAGAAAUCAUUGGCAACUUUGCUGACUCCAUCCGCUACGCGCCAAGAGCUCAGGUCAUCGGAAGUGAGAUGGACGGGAUCACAGGGAGGAUCGAUGGCAUGGGUCUGGCAGGGAUGCCCUACGGUCAGGUCCCCCUGGAAAUGUACCAGCAGGGAGCAGCUUACCCCAUGGGAUACGUCUACGAGAUGCCUCCGGGCGUUCCAGUUUGA